AUGGUAAACGUCAAAAAAGGAGUCUUGGUACGAUGUGACCCUGCAAUGCGUCAACUGCUCGUACAUCUCGACGAAUCCCGCGCAUUAGGAUCAAAAUUUGUAGUGAAGGAGUUAGAUGAGACGCACAUUGUUGUAGAUAAGGACAUUAUACCCAUUUUAGAACAAAAACUCGACCAGUUGAUGGAAUCACUUUCGCCUGAUCUUAGCGACAAGUAA